AUGCGGACAAAGCAAUACGAAGUUGAAGUGAUAAGUCUGACACUAAAGUAUUCCGCUACAUUGGAUGUGUUCAUUUGUGUCUUCAGCUCCACCUUUCGGCAUAAAGGUGACACUGUCUCUGCUCAAACGGCUACGUAUUCGAUUGCACUUGUAGAUCCUGCGACAUUGCGCAAGUUGCUAGUGUACCGAGGUCCUAAGUCCCAGUCGUUGCAGUGUUUGCACUACGAUCCUCACACGGACCGCUUGGUGCUGGCUUGCCUCUUACAUACAAAUGAACAAGACGAAACUAGAGGUCCCGCAAACAUUGUUGAGAUUCUGCAGAUCUCAAAAAGACCGGACGACCGCCUAGCUUCUCCACAAGCCGACGAUCAAGAGCAUUCGAAUCAAAUACUGCAAAUUGAGAAGAUGCAAGUUUCAUUAAUUCAUUCGGAUGUGUUGACGUUAAUCUGUGGCUCGACAGGAUUGCGGGAAAUGUAUGGAGUUGCAGGUGAUGAAGUAAAUGAAACGAGUAUGUUGCUUGUGUGGAGACUCCAUCAGGUAAUUGGCGAGAAACUGGUAUUAGUGAGUAGAGUUAUGGUUUUGUAUAGGAUCUCGGCGAUGGCUUUGUCUCCGUGUGAAGAUUGGUUACUCAUUGGAGCCCAUGAUGGAGGUUUAAAGGUCUGGAAUGUUAAUGACAGCAGGUUGAGUAGAUUGGGGCAAUCCACUACUGAUGCAACUCCUUACGAAGCGAUCGAAACUCGUGCGGAUAGUACUCGAACAGAGGCAAUUAUAUCAAUACAAAUCGUCAGAACUUGUGCGAUGAGUUCGACUGGCGAAUGGGAUGCAGAGUCGUCCGAUAUGAUUGUCAUUGUGGCUGAAAGAGAGACGGGGGUUGUUAGACACUGGAAUCUACUUAUUCUUGAAAAAGACCAGACCGAAUACAUUGGCGAUGCAGUGGAUUUUAGAAACCAGCGUUUUCCAAGGCUAAAUCCUGUUGGGGGGUUCAACACGGAAGGAAAAAAGGGACUCCAGACUAGCAAAAAGGUCAAAAUGGUAGCAAAUUCUGACACCCACGGACCUUCGCUCCAAACACUGACUAUGUGUGUCGCCAUUGACAUGGGUAGCUGCAAGGGAUAUUUAUUGCUGAUUGUUCGUGGCGACGUUAUCCAUGCACUCAAAAUGCAGGCGGUAUCUUACACUUUGCAAGAGUUUCGACCAUUGGAAGCAUUAUGUGCUUUACGGUCAAUAAACUGGCAGAAUACCUCUCAAAUCAUUACUCUCAGUCGUACGGGAAGAUAUAAUCUUCGGGCAUUUUCAAUGGAUGAAGUCUCGAGAAAUGCGUCUUCUGUUUUUAUGCCAGUAGAUAUCGAUCAACGCAAAGAUGGUCAUGUCUGUGCAAUGGAGAUCGCAACAAAUAAGUCGCUCCAGAAAAAUUUGGUAAUUCUUGCAUGGGAUUCUGGAAUCGUGGACGUGUACGAUGUAGAAAAUGAGAAAUGUUUAAUGACUCUGCGAGACGAUCGGAUCACCGAUCAAAUUAGCGCUCUAUCAGUCGUCAUUCACCAACAAACGCAGACGUCCAAGGCUGCUUUAGCCAAAACAAAAGCCCGAGACGCAAGGAAUCAUUCUUCACGCGAUACCGUUGCCAAUGACACUUGUGUAAAAGCUGUGACGCCUGGAACGAUGAUUGUCGUGGGAACAGAAAAUGGUAAUUUGUACGGGUGGAAUGUUAAAAAGAUGUGGCUCGGUGGAUCUGCAUCUCAAUCAAUUUUGCAGGCCAAUGUACAAGUUGAAUCUGCCCACUCAUCUUACGUCGUUCAAUUCGCACAAAUUGGCGGAAGUCUUGGGGAUCGUGCGCUCAUGGCAUCGGUAAGUGCUAGUGGACUUGUAAAAUUAUGGAGCGUGCCGUCCUUAAAGAUGCGAAAUUAUGUAGAUAGUAUUGCUGGCGGUUAUUUGGCCGCUCCAUCGUGCAUUGAGCUGAUGAGGGAUCAAAAAGAGGUCUUUGAUGAUAAUAUCUUCUGUGUGAGCGUCGGCUAUGACGAUGGUCGAUUGGCUGUUUGGCGCGUCAAUGUUAAUAACCAACCCUGUUUACUGAAGGGCUUAGCGAAACACGAGCGACGGGUGACAAAAAUCUGCCGUGCUUCGACUACUGCUGUGCAAACUGGAAUGACCGAAUUUUUAAGCUGCUCCCUUGAUAUGACUGUCAUUCAGUGGAAAAUCACGCAGGCUGAGAGUGUACAAGCAAAGCGAUACUUCGACGUUGGAGCCUCGAUAAUUGAUAUGAUUGUGGUAAACAGUCAGGCUGUUCUCGCCUUAGCUCACGAAAUCUGUAUGCUUUUUUACGCUUCGCGGAGAGAAGAUAGCCAGACUGAGAACGAACUGAAAUCUGACUCGGUGGCCAACAAAUAUGCUUAUGACCAGCUAAAAUGUACUGCUGGCGAGAUUUCACCUUAUGUAACUGAGAGCUCCCGAGACACUUCAACAAUUCCAUCUACAGAAUACAUUGCUGAGGUCUCAGAUCCACCAAGUCCAACAUUAUACUCGGAAAAUAUGGCAUUUGAAUCUCAGUUUCUCUCUACGGUUAAUGAUUUUAAAGAUGCCUCGUCCAGUGUUUUAAGACCGAAUUCUGUCAUGGGUGCCUUACAAACGACACAAAUGCAAAGUGAAGACUUUCUACAUCCGCGAUCCGACCCGACCGACAAAGUGGCUUUCAGUGCGAGAAGCGGUAUAUGUACGAAGCAGCAUUCUCGCGUAAUAGUCAAUGAUGACAUUUUAAUCAAGUAUCUUAAGGAUUUCAUCACACGCUACGGCACUAGUGGCAUGAUGGCAGCCAGACUUAUUCCAGACUUCUUGGCAUCACGACCCGAGCUGCCGAGAGUCAAGCGAGCAGGCUUUGCAUUAGCGAAAAGCCUUAGAGAUCUCAAUCUAAACGCUCAGACCCCAGUUGAUCAUGAGAAAGCUUUGCAGGUUUUAAAAAUUAUAUUUACGAUGAGAAAAACUUCUCGACAGUCUUAUGAUGCACCAACGAUGGCUUACAAAGUCAAGCAUAGUCAUACCGGAAGUAAAAUAGAAGGACGUCAGCGCGGCUCUGAGAAAAAGCAAACACGGCGCAAACCAGUGGUGACGUACAAUUUACUGGGCGAAAAGUCUGUUCGAUGGGAGAAAGAGAUUCUGGAAAACGAAAAGAGCAGAUGUAAGCGAUCAUCGACCAGCUCUACCACAAAUUUGACGGCGCGCACUUCUUUUGGUCCGACUGCAAGAGACGUCGGAGGCGAACCGUUACAUGGACGCACAAGCGCUGUAUUAAAAAGCAAUGGUGAAGCAUCUUCUUUUGAUAAACAUCGAGCAUGUGCUCUAUCUCACACUUCGUCUGGAACAUCAUCACCAAGUGGCAUCAUCGAGCAGAUUUGUGGUGAGGAAAAAGACGAAAUCGUAACAAAUGAAGUAGGAAUCAACAACGAUCAGGAUAGAAACGAUAGUGAAUCAGAUUAUUUUGAAACUUCGAAAAACCAAGUUUAUGAUCAGCUUUUACGUUGCACCGAAGCUGUUAAAGCUACCGAUGCAAUAGAGAAACGCGAUAAAGCCAUCACUGAAGACAACAUUGAGUUCAAGGCUGACAACGCUACGAAUGCGUUAAUGAACAAUAUCCGACUCUCGCCGCUGUUUCAGCCAUUUUGGAGAAAAGGUUAUUGCUGGUGCCGACCUGCUCCUUACCUUUAUAUAAUUUGGGCUCAGAGCGACACAGCCACAGUCGGCAAACCAAAAUCUUCGAUACCCAAAUAUAAUUGCAUAAUGUGCCAGAAGCGAUUGCACACUGUCGAACUGCCUCGUAUUGGACUCGUCACUCAUUUCUCGCGACAAGCAACGUUCGACAUCAUCAUAAAAGUGUACAGCAAACUUUCGGCUACUGCGCAAAAGCGUUUGUUCAAGACCUCCUCAUCUACAAAUGGCCGCUCGCUGGAAUGCUCUAUACACGGCACACUUUAUGAGAUCUUUUUAAUAUCAUAUGGCGUCCGCAGCACUGCAGAGUUGAAGAUGAAGCUGUUUUUAGUAUCCAUGUGUCAGUGGCUUCCUGACUAUGAUGCUAUCGCCGUGUUUGGGGAGCUCCUAGGACUCCACCAGCCCGCUGAAGAUGACCACCAAGCACCGGCUGCUUUAGUCGCUUUGUGUGUGUGCAGCCACACCUGGUUGUACUCACGAGGCACGGUAGUAAAUGGAGAUCUCUUGACAGGUUGUUUUUCUGGUCGAGGGCGGGAACGAGAAACUUCUGAAGUAGUAUCCGCAACAAAUGGAUUAUGCACAGCGCUUACCGACCUGCUCUUUGAAAGGAGGUUGGUUGGUGAAUGGAAGCACCAAAAUGCUCAAUUCCGUGCUGCAGAGAGGUUAUUGUUCGUCUAUCCUCAACAAUCUAUCAGGAUCGAAGGAGACUGGCUAGAAAAGCUUCGUCUACUGUUAAAUUGCUACAUCUUCUAUGACCAUGAGCGUGAUGGAGUGGUUACAGUCAGCGAUUUUGACACAUUGAUGUUUAAGCUGCGAUAUCUCUGGAUGGAGGACUGCAUGAAGUCUAAUUCUCCGUGUUCUCUGUCGGAUGACGUAUUCACAUCUACAUUGUCAGAAAUUAAAGAACGCUUCAUAGACCGCAAUUAUGACGGUCGGCUGUGCUACUUGGACUUUUGGGUAAUGCUAUACAUGGCGGCGUUCAAGACGCACGACUUUUUAAGCUUUCAAGAAAUCUCGUCUUUUUGUCGCUCAUACAGAUUAGAAGUGACUCCCGAACUGAGUGAUGUUGUAUGGAAUUAUAUGCUGCGAUCAUGCACGGUAGUGCUGCCAAAAGGCCUUUACUUUGGAAAAAGCUCCAUGGAUCAGAAAGUCGAGCGCCAGCAUCGAAGACGUAUAGGGGGACUACACGAUGGAACAUUUCACUUUGCAAAUUCGCUCACUGAAUCGCUUUCGACUCAAGAUCUACUCAGACGUGAUGACACCAAAAGUCUCGGGUUGUUUCUUGAUGGAUCCAGACCGGCAUUUCGACGAGCCGCGAGCACAACCGCACUACAGCAAUUUCGAUUUAUCUCAAUAGAUGAUGACGCUAGGUUGGCAACCGCUUGUGAUGGAAGCAGUCGUAAACCAAUUGUUUACGGAUAUCGGCCAAUCGGCCCGACGCGCAAGUCAAUUGCGCCACUACGAGUUUUAUUUAUGGGAAAUGACGGCUCGGUGUCAGGAUUUGAAAAUGCUGUUAGCCAUUCUCGUGUGAAACAGAUGGGACCGGACCAAGAUGCUAUAUCGCAAGGGGAGUACUCUAAUUCUUACAUCCAGUUCCCGGAUGUGACUCCAGUAUGUACUUCAGUGAAAACGACAGAAGCCCCGCGAGAAAAUAGGGGUCAUUUUUUAUUGAAAAGAAACCUUUGCAAGGACUCGUUGAUCCAAAUUAGGGGGCAAAAAGGCUCGUCGUCCAUGAAAACAUCCACAAGCCGCAUCCGUUUAUCCUCUAUUGCGGUGCUAGCACCUGAAGAGGAAGAAGAUACGCUAGAACGCAGCGCUCAAAUUUCUACCUCAACGAAAAGGCAUUGCGCAACACCAGCUGUUGUUGUUCCUAAAAAAAUUCCAAAAGCGCAAGGGAGCUCAGAUCUCGAGCUUCUAAUGCGUCAGUUGUCUCUUGAGCUCGUGUAUACAAUAUCGGAACGAAUAGAACACGAGAACGAGAUACUACAGUGUGUUCUAGACUUGGUAAAGCUAGCCACGAAUAGUCAAUUUUCGACACUUCAAGAAGACAUUCUUACAAAUGAUGAAACAAGAGGUGAGUGCGUAGCUACUUUUGAGCAGCUUAACGAGCGAGACAGCCAUUAUUUUGAAGUAGAGGUAGACGAAGCAGCUUUACAAGAUGUUACUCAACCGUCGUUAAUUGACUCAAAGAUGUAUAUCUUAGCCGACACGAGUGAGCUAGCAGAUGCGCCAACAGACUUUGAGAAAGAAGUGGUUAGAAAUAAGGUGGGUACUCUCUCUGCAGCAGUAAAGGGUACACCUGAAAAGCUUUUCGAAGAGAAUGACGACACCUUCAAAAAAAGUUCCAUCUUCAGAUCAGACGAAUCCCAGUCAAUGGGUGAAUUUAUCUCGAAGCUGAGCUUUGUAAAUCAAGUUGGAAACGAUAAGGAAUUGCAAGAAAGCAGUAACAAUACACCAAACAAUUCUGGACGUGCCAAAUUGGACGACAUUUAUCAUCGCCGCAAAUACCGUUUUUUCCAUCAGCCAGAGUUUAUUCGAAGUGUCUCAGUAAUGAAUGAAAUGUCCCACAAAACGAUGUGGAAUCCGAGUGAGGAGACCGUCAGUGAUGGUGAUGAUGAUGCGGUGGAGAAAACUGGUACUCUUGAGAACUUUAAUUAUGGCAGAGCAUCGAAAAAGGAAGUUAUGUCUUUAGAGAAUAACGGAAUUACCUUACAUGAUCAAGAUGACGCCAAUAUGGCACUUCUGCCUGCACGAUGUCAACGUCUAGACGAAGUUGCAGAGAGAGCGCUGUAUGGUGAGCGCGUUGUGAACGCUUUAGACGAGGGUCUUGCAUUUUCUUCAGAGUCGGAUGGUGCCAUGCAAAAGAAGUGGCAACAAUACUUUGAUGACUCCGAGUCUAGGUUAUUCUCUGUCAUGAGAAAAGAUCUUGAGGAACGACAAAAAGAAAUGCGUGAGGCGGAUGAGCACCAAAUAAAGCUGCGUCAGAAAUGGCAACAGCAGCGCGAUCAAGAUUUAGCGCAACUUCAGUAUUCGCGACAGAGGAGAAGCCUGCUUAUGUCAGCCAAGCAGGACUUGUCGACUGAUCCUGCCGAUUCAAGAUUCCGAAUGAAACGAAUUCGUCGAGAAAGCUGUCAACAAAUUACAGAAGAACUUUUAUCUGGUGUGAGCAUACAAAGGGAGUUGCAUGAAGCCGAGCAGACUCAUUUGUUUCACUUUUACUACAGACCAGACGGCCACACUUCGAUCGUAACGUUAAAAAUGCACGUUCUUCGUGGAAAUGCGGAAUUCUUUAUGUCGACUGAUACAAAGGCGCCUUGCGCUACUGAUUUUAUGUGGCGGUCUACUAAAAGACUGUCAACGAAUUUGGUCGACGGACAUCGCAUCAUUCUGUACCCACAUGACUUGGUUCAGAAAAUGGCGGUAUCUGAUGCGGAGAUGAUGACAACUUCCGACGUGAAGCGAACGGUGUAUUAUUUGUCCGUUGUGGCUUUGGAACGUGACACAGUGUUUACGCUGGCAGUAAUGCCAUCAGGUCAAAAGAUACAGCCUUCGCGAGCGAUGCAAACCGUUGACAAUCUUAUCGAUCGCUUUAACAAGAUCACAAAGGCUUUUAACGAGAAGUCAACAAGAUCAUUUGCCAUGAUAAAUGAGCCUUUGCCAAGUAAUGUAUCUACACGUCAUAUUGGCAAGGAAGAAGAUAAAGAUGCAGACAAUGCGAAUGCGAUUGAAAAUACAAAUACCCAGCAAAAGACAAGGAAAGCUACUGAUGAUGAGGAAGACCGACAAGAUUUGAAAUCGUUCCAGCGUCUCUUGGAUGUAUUGAGCGAGAAAAGAGGCUUUGGGUCUCCUCGCCCAGCUUCAAUUUUACUCACUGGACCCAGUGAUGAACACCUCGAGUUUGUUCAGGAUGAAGAUCACAAUUUGAAGAUAUUGCAUCAGCAACAAUUAUUGUCCAAGUUUAGUGACGAUGUCAUUUCAAGCGGUUUUGAAAGACGUUUUGAUCUGCGAGGCAAGCAAAAUAAGAUUCACAAAGCAGUUGCAGCUCGAUUACAUCAAAAGCUUGCCCCUCUUCGCCACAAAUUCAGUCCAGAAAACGAAAAAAGUGCGAUCUUCGGAACCUUGAAUGAUUUAGAGGUGCCACGUCCAGUAGCGUAUAGUAUUACAUCGCUUGAUCCACUGCUCCGAUCAAAGCGAUACAAAUUGCCAUAG